AUGUCGGCCUCCGCCGAAUCUGAGCAACCCCCCCUGUCUCUUGACGAGUACAUCGCCCUCUGCGCCAACCUCCACAACACACUGCUCGCCAAGUCAUUCCUCCCAAACGCCCCGCCACCCAAAACUUCAACCGACCUCCUCCAGCGCUACGAAUCCUUCCGAUCCAAUGGCCCUUUUGAUACCUACAACCCAUACAUUCCCCCUUCUCUAGACCCUGCUUCUCCAAUCUUUAGCCUCCUCACACAGCUUGAAACCACCAUCCCGCCGCCAAUGGGUAAUGGGCCACCCUUAACGCCCCUCCUCUACCAACCCACGCCACAAUGGUUCUUUCCCGCCCUUUACAGCAACGAAGUCAACGAGGCGGGCUCCCCAUUUAUCCUCCUUUACCCUCAACGUCUUGUCUCCCAAUCACCCGAAGACGGCGGUCUAUUCGUAGACAUUUAUGACCUCCGUGGCAUCUGGCUCAGCAACCCCCCAGGUCCCGGAAACCUCACUCCCUCAGAGGAAUGGCUCCCGCUUGAUUACCUCCUCAAACAGGAAUUAUCCCGCUGGGGAUCUGGCCGCUAUAUCCACGAUACCACCUCACAAGACGGGCUCAAGAUCCAAAAAUGGGUCCCUGUCCCUUCCAACGUCGCCACCACAACCCCUCUUCCCAACCUGCAAGUCGCGGAAGCCAUCUCCGCGUGGGAGCGCCUCCUACACGCCAUCGAAUCCAGACUGCCCGCGUCCAUGAUACCACCAGCAAACAACGCCACAGCAGACUCCCUGCCCCGCGAAGCCCUUCAGAACCUCCAGAUCAGCACCUUCGCCCAACACUUCCUCACGCACGCACGCCGACCACGCAGCUGGACAUUUAUCGCCCCCGGCAUCUCCACCUUCACCGAAGCCAGCCUCCACUCCGCCUACGCCACCGAACCAACCACCGCCUUCCGCCGCACGCUAGAAACCUCCUCCGAAGGCUCGGACUGGGUCACGCUCCUCCUCCCCAGCGUGGCCGUCACCACCACCACCGCCCCAAACCAUGCCGGAACCACGCUUGUACACCUCCCACUGCGUGUUCCAACCGACGUGAGUCAGCACCCCGACGACGGCAUCAACGCGUUCGAUGCGCCGCACGGGUUCGGGAACCUCGCUGUUGACCGGCGCGCGGGGCUGUAUACGGCGUGGGCGGACGAGCGCGACGGGGACUUGGUGCAGCUGCUAGAAGGACGUGCACCAUCCUCGGAAGAGGAAAACAAACACCUCAACUACGAUUACACACCAAACGUGGGAGCUCCCCAGGACAGCCUCGGUACCGAGGGGUAUACAUGGUUAUCUGACCAGUAG